GUAUCCAUUUUAGUCUCUCUUAUCAGCUUUCUUCAACAAAUCUCCCAGAAAGAAAAAAAAAAAAAAAAAAAAAAAGUCCCAUCUAAACCUAUUCCCGACACAGAAAUAUGUUCAAUUUCAGACCCAUUUUUGUGGUGAUCAUCACUUUCAUCUUCCUUGGUUCUCUGGUUUUCUUUCCUACCGAAGCAGUUCGAUCAUUUCCCAACAAGAUCAGCAUUAAUGGAGCAGAAGGCGAGUUGGGUUUGCCUAUUCAAUUCUCGGAGGCACCAGAUUAUAGAAACGGUGUCAAAUGCCCAGUUUUGGCAAAAGACGGUGUGGCAUUUCUAUGCAAUCCAAGGCUUGUUCAUAUCGCAAUGACUAUUGAUUCAGAGUACUUGAGGGGUUCAAUGGCUGCUGUCCACUCUGUUCUCAAACACACUUCUUGCCCUGAAAACAUUUUCUUCCACUUCAUUGCUUCUGAUUCCGGUUCGGUAAAUAUUGAAAAUCUUGAUUGGACUGUCCGGUCCGCGUUCCCUUCACUGAGUUUCAAAGUCUAUGUAUUCAGAGAAAGCCUUGUGAGAGAUCUAAUAUCUUCUUCGAUUCGUCAAGCUCUUGAUAAUCCAUUAAACUAUGCAAGAAGCUAUUUGGCUGAUUUACUUGAGCCUUGCGUUGAAAGGGUGAUCUAUUUAGACUCUGAUACCAUAGUGAUCGAUGAUAUACAGAAGCUGUGGAGGGUUUCUUUAACUGGGUCUCGGGUCAUUGGAGCUCCUGAAUAUUGCCAUGUAAAUUUGAACAAGUAUUUCUCUGCUGAAUUUUGGUCGGAUGCAGAGCUUACCAAGGCUUUUGAAGGGAAAACACCUUGUUAUUUCAAUACGGGUGUGAUGGUGAUGGACUUGGUGAGAUGGAGAGAGGGCGAUUACACAAGCAAGAUUGAGAACUGGAUGCAAAUUCAGAAAGAAAAGAGGAUUUAUGAACUGGGCUCUCUUCCACCGUUUUUGUUGGUUUUUGGUGGAGAUGUUGAGGCUAUUGACCAUAGAUGGAACCAGCAUGGGCUUGGUGGUGACAAUGUGGUAAAUAGUUGCAGGACGUUGCAUCCAGGUCCUGUAAGUUUAUUGCAUUGGAGUGGUAAAGGAAAGCCAUGGAUGAGGCUUGACUCUGGAGCUCCAUGCCUAAUUGAUUUUCUCUGGGCGCCUUAUGAUCUUCAUAAACCCCAUAGCCAUAUUCAGUAGAAGACAGACAAAUAUUUUAGCACAGGAUUCUUUUAGUUUUUCACAUUUCUUGUUUUCUCCUUCGAUUCAUUUGUACUUAACGAGAUUCUUUGAUACAUGUGUACGUAGAGAAAGAGGCAAACCAAAAUUUAUAUAUUAUAUUGAUUCUUUCUAUAACUUGGUUCUUUUACGCAAAAAUGCAGUAUUAUUUGCUCUUGAGCAUCAAUUUUUGCAACCGUACAGCAUUAAUUCCAGAUUAACGCUAACUUGAAACCUCAAAUAAUAUUAGAUAGAUGGAUAAAACAGGGGAAGGGAAUGGGAAUGAAAAUUGAAGAAAGAAAAAAAGAGUCUACAUGCUUCCCACAUCCCUCUCUUUACAACAAUCCGAGGAAUGUUUCGACAAAGAGUUCACGGACGUCAUCACUUGAUUUACAUAAAUGUUUUGACUGACGGAACGGCGUUCAAUUUGGAGGUGUGCCUUCUACUUGAGAUAAUGUGCAAGAGGACCAAACUUUGUGGGACAACUAGCCUAUGUCCAAGCUGUUAUGCUUAAUUUAAAUUGUUGUCUAAAUUUUAGCAAGAUCAUGUAUUAUUAGUACGGCUAGCAACAUCCCAAGAAAGCAUUUUCUGUUUAAAGUAACGAACAAAUUGCUAUUUAGCUAAUCAUAAAUGUUUUUGUUUGCAUAAAAUUGGUUUAUUCAAUCGCGAACAAACAUCUAUUAUCCGCAAUGUCAUGAUUCCAUUGAGAUUUUUUCCCAAGUGAUAUAUGUGUUUAAAAAACUUAAGUUCUAACUUCUUGUAAGGCAUCUGUUAUUUUGUAUAUACACAGCCCAAAGUGAAAUACAACAUAUUAAUUCCAGGUCGCAGCUCAAAACAAACACACCUACCUUAAACCACUUCUAUCAUGCCUUGUGCGUACUUGGUGAAUGAAAUCCUAAAUGCCAUAUGAGAGGUAAUAACUAACUUGAAAAUCUCAAAAUCGUUUUGACUUGAUUAAAAAUAAAUAGUAAUAUCGAUAAACAGGGGAAGAGAAACAAAAUGAAAAAAGAGAAAAGAGAAAAAGAAUGUACACACACUUCCCUCUCUUUACAACAAGCCAACAACACAACUCAAAUGCAAUCUGUUUUCCAAGCCUCUCAAAUGGUGACCCAGUAGCAUACACC